AUGGCGUCUGCUCUCACCAUCCUCUUCCUUGAGCCCAGCUACCCCAAACCCUCCAUCUCCCUGCACCCCAGUGCGCAGGUCGCCCCGGGGGGAGCCGUGACCAUCCGGUGUGAGUGUCGGUGUGCGGGAGCGAGGGUCCUUCUGAGUAAAGCUGGAGACCCGGACGCACGGCGUUCGAUGGAUCCACCAAGGGACGUGGCUGCGUUUCCCAUCCGCAAUGUGAGCCGAGGAGAUGCAGGGAACUACAGCUGCCAAUAUAGGACCAAGUGGGAUCCACCCGUCUGGUCGGAGCCCAGCGACCCCGUGGAGCUGGUGAUAUCAGAGCCCGGCUACCCCAAACCCAACAUCUCCCUGCACCCCAGUGCGGGGGUCGCCCCGGGGGGAGCCGUGACCAUCUGGUGUGAGUGUCGGUGUCGUGGAGUGAGGGUCCUUCUGAGUAAAGCUGGAGACCCAGACGCACGGCGCUCGAUGGACCCCGUGGGGGAUGUGGCUGAGUUUCCCAUCCGCAGUGUGAGCCGGAGAGAUGCAGGGAACUACAGCUGCCAAUACAGCACCAAGUGGGACCCACCCAUCUGGUCAGAGCCCAGCGACCCUGUGGAGCUGGUGAUAUCAGAGCUCAGCUUCCCCAAACCCUCCAUCUUCCUGAGCCCUAGCAGGAGGGUCAUCCUCGGGGGAGCCGUGACCGUCCGGUGUUGGGGUCGGCACCAGAACAUGAGGUUCCUUUUGUACAAAGUUGGAAACCUGAACGUGCUGCAGGACGCGGAGCCUGCUGGGGACAUGGCUGAGUUUCCCAUCCGCAACGUGAGCCGGAGAGACGCAGGAAGUUACAGCUGCCAAUAUAGCACCAAAUCAGACCCGCCCGUCUGGUCAGAGCUCAGCGACCCCGUGGAGCUCGUGGUAGCAGAGCCCAAACCCAACAUCUCCCUGCACCCCAGCAGGCGGGUUGCCCUGGGGAGAGCUGUGACCAUCCGGUGUGAGUGUCGGUGUCGGGAAGCGAGGUUCCUUCUGAGUAAAGCUGGAGACCCGGACACACGGCACUUGAUGGACCCCGCGGGGGACGUGGCUGAGUUUCCCAUCCGCAGUGUGAGCCGGAGAAACGCAGGGAGCUAUAGCUGCCAAUAUAGCAUCAAAUCUAAUCCGCCCAUCUGGUCGGAGCCCAGUGACCUCGUGGAGCUGGUGGUAGCAGAUGGAACCGACCCAGAUGGGACCCAGCAGCCGGAUCCCCCCAUGAUGGAGCCGGAGGGAGAAGCAGCCCCCCCGGGGCGCCCGGAUUUCACCCACGCCAACAUCGCCCGCCUGGUGUUGGGCGCCGGGGGCCUGCUCGUCCUGGGGCUGAUCCUGGCUGAGGCCUAUUACAGCCGCCCGAGGGAGGUGCCCUAGGAAGUUGCCUGUCCCAUGGCACGUCAGGCCAGGACUCCUGUUCUCCCGGAUCUCAGCGCUGGCUGGGGCCAGGCCAGUGUCUGCACAGCCCGGCAGGUCGUGGGGGAGAACGGGCCGUUUGUUUUGUCACCAGCUCCAGCUGAGGGCACGUUGGUGCCCGUGAAGGAAACCCCGGCACGGGAGCUGCGCACGGACGGUGCCUGCCUGCAGGAGUCCUGCCAACCUGCAAACAGAAGGGCCUCAGUGCUUAGCAGUUACAUGAGGAGUCCUGGCUCCCAGCCCCCUCCUCUAACCACUAGACCCCACUCCCCUGCCAGAGCCCGGAACAGAAUCAAACCUUCCUGGUCCCCAGCUUUGCACUGCUGCUAGGCGAUGGCGUAUAAACAAAGCCGGUGUCAACUCCCUCUCUCUAGGGGCCUGGCCACAUAAUCAUUGACAGUGUCUCCUCCAGCUCGGG